AUGACUGUGGCACAGUAUGCCAAUCGAUUUAAGGCCCUUUCUCGCUGUGCCACAGCUAUAGUGACAAAUGAAACAGAUAAGGUAGUAGAUAGGGCUCUUACCUUAGAAAGAGAAAAGAUGGACACUGCAACGACUCAAGGUCAGCAGUCUAGAACCAACCAGCCAAGAAGUGGAGGACCCUCAAGGAACAAUAGGACCCAUGCUGCCUCGGUACCUUAUGCUAGGGGCCACAACAACAGCAAAGGUACAAUCCUGAACAUCGUAAUAGGGAAGGGGCUAGAAGGUGUUAUGAAUGUGGCCAAGAAGGGCAUUUUAGGAACAAUUGCCCUCAGAGGUCAGGCUACUACAUCAAUUAAGGGGAGGCCACUUAACGAAACAAAUGCGUACCAACUCAGGGAACGCGAGCUGUGCAAAAUUCCCAAUCCAGCUCAGCCGCCAGCUAAUCGAAAUGUGGGGCAAUCAAGGACUCAACAACCAAGAAAUGCGAAUGCAAAGAAACCUUGGGUGCCAAACCAGGGUGCCACCGGAAGAGUCUUUGCACUCCAAGAAGGAGAAGACGAUGGAAAUCCUUCAGUGAUUCGAGGUAUACUCAUCCUUAUGAACUCUUGUGUACAAGUCUUGUUUGAUUCUGGAGCAUCACACUCUUUUAUAUCUGCUUCAUGUGUUGCAACUUUGGGAUUAGAGCCUGAACAAUUAGAAACACCUAUGAGUGUAGCUUCACCGCUAGGAGGUCAAACUCGAGUAGAUCUCGUAUUCAAAUCAUGUGAACUAGGAGUCUCUAGCUUACGUUUAACUUGCGACCUACGAGUCAUGGAAAUGUCAGACUUUGACGUUAUCCUAGGAAUGGACUAG